UCCUGAGUAAAUUGAACGGUCACCAGGCGUCCCUGUUUGUACUUGUUUAUUUAGCCAAUUCUCGCAUUACUGUUUAAAACGAUGUCAGAGAAAAUGGAGGUUGACCUGACUGGAGUCAAACAAAGUAAAGGCGUGUGGCUUGUGAAGGUUCCCAAGUAUUUAUCUCAGCAGUGGGACAAAGCUGCAGAAAAGGGAGAAGUUGGAAAGAUUGCCAUUGGAAAGAAGCAAGGCAAAACAGAGGUAUGUUUCAGCCUCAGUGACGAGCUGAUAGCCUUGGAUGCUGUGGGGGAGAACGAUGCAUCACUGGAGGUCCCAAAGGAUCAUCCCUUCACAAUGCACCCAGUGGGUGGACAGACCAUGGCAGUCUUCAGCCACAGUAACACAGAUGAAAUCAGUCUGGAGGGGAUGGUGGUGCACCGAGCCGAAUGCAGACCAGUCGUCACUGACAGCUACAUGAAGCUGAAGAAAUUGCAGAUUAAAGAGUCCAUCAAGCCUCAGCGUUUGUCACAGCAGCUGGAGAGAGCCGUCACCACCAUUUUCAAGCCUGUGGCCAACCAUGAUUUCAAUAUGGAGUAUGAGAAGAAAAAGAAGACUGAAGGGAAGAUGGUGAGAGCUGAACGUCAGCUCGUGUUGGACAUGCUCUUCUCGGCCUUCGAGAAGCACCAGUAUUACAACAUUAAGGCGCUGGUGGACAUCACCAAACAACCUGUGACCUACCUGAAAGAAAUCAUGAGGGAAAUCGGCACAUACAACAGCAAAGGCGUUCACAAAAGCACCUGGGAACUGAAGCCGGAGUACCGACACUACCAAUCUGACGAGGAGGAGAUGCAGACCACCUAGGCCGAGCCAGAGUCCUAUUAAGUAUCUUCUGGGCCUCAAAUUUGCAACAAAUUUGUUUUUUUUCCAGUAAUUUUGUUUUAUGUUGACAGAAUUAUGGGGAGAAAAAGCUUUGGGUGCACUCAAACAUAACUAAUAUGGCACGAUGGUGUAAAAUCAUUAUUUUUGUGGUAGGAUAAAUUUUUGUGUGUAUUCAAAGAAAGAAAUAAACGUCCUCUGCUGAGGAAAACAAAGAUUAAGGGGCAAACUGGCUCGAAACUUCUAGUAAUGCUGCCUCUUUCUAGGAGUGUUACUAUGGCAACUAUGAACAGCCUUAAACUAUGGUUACAAUGAAUCACACCAGCUGCUGCUGCUGGUCUGACUGCACCCCAGCUAUUAAAUGUGUGUCAGCGGGUCUCAUUCCCAUUAGUUUCGAGUGAGAUCAGUAGUGAGCACAACUUUCUUUUUUCCUUUUUUCCUUUUUUUUUUUUAAAGCCAUGCAUUUCGGUUUUUGUAAUUAACAAAAGUAUUAACUCUUCUGUAACCAGCUUAUUUUUUUCAAAAUGUGAUCUCAUCUUCACACAAGUCACAAGUAUAGACAAACACAGUCUUUAAUAGAAUUGUCUUUUACCUCUUUUAUUUUCCCCCCCACCAGCACAGUGCAAAGCAGUUCUGCUUUGGUUGCUUUUGAGAAGUAGCCCACAUUUCAAAAGGUUUGAGACCCUUUGAAAAUGCCACAUAACAGCAGUUGGGGUAACAUCCAUGGGGAAGAAGAAAAAAAAAACGUGUUUACGAAUCCUUUGUGGAUUUCUUCUGAUAACCUCUCUCUUAGCUCUCAGCCUGGCAGUUUUGUGGUACCAUGACAGUGCCAACUCUACAUUAAGAGCUGCUAGUGUGUUGGUGUAGAAGAGUAGAGAAGAGCUAAGUUACAGUCCUGAGCCCAGACACCCGUCAGAGAGAACAGACUUCCCCUGCUUAUACCCUCAGUCUCCUUUAAUUCACUGCCCACAGCUUGUGGGUGAGGAUAGGAAUGAAGAUGUACAAGUCAAUUAACAGCUCUGCUUUCACACUUACUGCAUCAUCAAAAACAAAAACAUGGGUGCAGUUUGUUUUAGAAAUGAAGCCUAUGUAUUAGUCUUAAA